AUGACAUAUUGUGUCAGUAAUUUGGUGGAUCCACAUCCUCAGUCCCAGGCCAUGAUGGAGGUGAUAGCAAACAUGAAUCCACAGUUUGGCUACUUGUGUCGACUGGCAUACUAUUCUGAUGAGAGUGAUGUCCCCUCUACAGCUGAUAAAUACCUGAGUACAUCCUCCUGGAAGGAAAGCAUCAUCAGUGAUAUUACUUUUGUACAAGAACCAGAAGAGGAACUCUUGCCACCUUUCAAAUUUUUAUUUUUCCUCCUUACCAAGAACACUGACGAAACUAGUACACAGAAAUUCUGUCUACAUGUGAUGAAAUCAGCCUCACAAAUCAGUGGUGCUCUUAGUAAACAACUUCUGAUGAAGACAAUACUAAAUCCUAACAAAAACACUAUAGAAUCCACAGAUGACCCUCUGAAGGGCCUUCCUAUUCUCAGCAGUGAAGUUAUUUCUGUUAUCAAGGAGAUUCUACAUGACGAACAGGAAUUAUUCCAGGGUAGAUAUUUGUCUGUUUUGUUUAAGAUGUUUAUAUGGCUCCAAUGA